AAGGUGAGUGACCUUAGAAAUAAUGCAGUCAUACACCAGAUGUCCUUGAUACGUAGUACUCAACUUAGAUGAUGGUUUUGCUCAGGUUUAUUUAUAACAUAUCUCACCUAGUGAAGCCUGGCCCAAGUUUUGUGUGCUCCAGUUUUCACUGCACAAAUAAAUCACUGCACAGCUCUGGUCUCAGAAUGACAGCCCCUGUCGCUAAUGAUGUAACCAGCUUUCUAGACAAAGUUCACCAGUUAAUGAUUAGAGAAUGCCUUGAGAAAGGAAAGUCUAGAGAUGGGAAAGUGGUGGAGUUCUUACAGCCUGAGGAGCUACAGAAAGAGAUGCAGUUUCCAGUCGGAGAUAAUCCAGAGAGCCAUGACAAGCUGCUGGAGCUGUGUGAAAAGGCUGUGAGAUAUAGUGUCAAAACUGGCCACCCGAGGUUCUUCAACCAGCUGUAUGCUGGUGUGGACCCCUACUCCUUAGCUGGGUCAUGGAUAACUGAUGCCUUGAAUACUAACAGCCACACCUAUGAAGUAGCACCCGUCUUCCUACUGGCGGAACACUACCUCGUUCAGAAGAUGUGUGGUAUUGUGGGAUACAAAGAUGGCGAUGGCUUAUUCAAUCCUGGUGGCACCUUUUCCAACCUGACAGCCGUCCACGUGGCCAGGUAUCAAUACAACAAACAGGUCAAGAAAACCGGCCUCUUUGGAAUGCCACGGAUGAUUCUCUUUGCCUCUGAUCAGGCUCACUAUUCCAUCUCUACUGCGGCCUCCUUCCUGGGUUUUGGUUUGGACAGUGUUGUCAUGGUGAAGACUGAUGAGAGAGGGUGCAUGGAUCCUCAAGACUUCAAAAGCAAGAUACAAGAAACCAAGGCAAAGGGUGACAUUCCAUUCUUUGUUCAAGCCACCGCAGGCUCCACUGUCCUGGGUAGUUUUGAUGACCUGAAUGCUAUCAGCGCCAUCUGUCAGGAACAUGGGGUGUGGCUCCACCUGGAUGCUGCUUGGGGAGGAGGAGUUCUUUUGUCGAAGACAUACAGACAUUUAAUGUCUGGUAUAGAAAAGUGUGACUCAGUUGCUUGGAACCCUCACAAAAUGAUGGGUGCUAAUUUACAGUGUUCAGUUCUACUUACAAAACAAAAGGGUCUUCUUCUGGAGUCCAAUGCUAACAGAGCAGAAUAUUUGUUCCAACCAGACAAGUUCUAUGAUACUUCCUUUGACGCAGGUGACAAGAGUAUUCAGUGUGGCAGAAGAGCAGAUGCAUUCAAGCUGUGGUUGAUGUGGAAAGCUAAGGGAGACAAGGCCUUUGAGAAUGAAGUGGACAAGGCAUAUGAGAACUCUAAGCUUUUCAUCAAGAAAUUGAAGCAGAGAGAAGGAUUCCGCUUGGUUCUGGAAAAUCCUCAGUGUACCAAUGUGUCAUUCUGGUACAUCCCUCCCAGUAUGAGAGGACAAACUGAGGACGAAGAGUGGUGGAAGCGACUCGGUCAGGUAGCACCCAAGAUAAAGGAGAGGAUGACCAAAGCAGGGAACAUGUUGAUUGGCUUUCAGCCAGUUACCAAUAAAGGAUGGGUCAAUUUCUUCCGUAUUAUCUUUCGAAACCCCGUUAACGAGCAGGACCUGGAUUUCAUCAUUGAGGAAUUUGAGCGCCUUGGCCGAGACCUGUAACCAGUAGAAUUUAGAUACAGCUGUGAUUGAUAUUCAGCCCUACUUGAUUUGCAGUUACCCAGUAUUUCUCAUUCAAUAUAGUUGGCCAUGCAUACUUGUAAGACAUAAAAAAAUGAAGUGUGCCAUAACAACUUCUUUAUCUAAUAUAGAAACAAAACUUAACAUGUUUCCCAGCUUUAUUAAUUUAGUAUUACAGAUGCUGUAUAUUUAAUUGUUUCAGUGUUUUUUUUUUUUUUUUUUUUUUUUUUU